CAGAGGAGGGUCGAGGUAGGGAAAGCUGAAUCGCUGCACGUUUUUCCUGCACGUAGCUGCUCGGAGGAGUUUCCUGGGAUGUGCUCCCAUCUGUCUUAAAAAGGGUGAGCUUCUGAGAAGACACUAGCAAAGCAGGAGUAAUAUAAAGACCUGUGAACUUCAAAAGAGAGAACGCAAACCCUGCUAUCUCCGGUUCUCGGUUCUGUUAUUGGGCGAUAUCCGCAAGUUUUGAGCCCAUGUCCGCUGAAGGAACAGAAGAGGAGACUGUUUUUUAACGCUGUGCAUAAGAAAACUACUUGCAAUUUGUUUUUUGAAGAGGGCAUUCCCUCACUGGAGCAUUGCAUUACAGAGAAAUGAGCCCGGGGCCAGUGGACCUCCAUCGGGGACCUCCAAACUAGCCCUCUGCGUGUGGGAUAUUAAUAAUAUUACUGUUAUUUCUCUCUUGAUACGUACCAGAGCUAAACAGAUGAACGUGGACAGGCGGCUUCACUUAUGGAAAAUGAAGAUUUUUACUCGCACAUGUGUUACCAGAACCCAAGAUCACGUCAUUUAGUGGUCUGCAUUUUUUCCAGGGCUCACAUACAUCACAGACUUGGCUGGGGAAAUAAAGUUAUUACCACCCCCCCGGGCUUACGGGGGGCAACCUUGAAUCGGUUGACUUUUUUGGACCUUCAGUUUUAAGAAUUUUGUUGUUGUUGUUUUAUUACUUUUGAUAUUCCAGCUCCUUUUGAAAUAACAUUUGUCCCACACGAUUGUUUUUUUUUUUUUUUUUGAAAACCUUCAAGAGGAGAGCACAACUUUCCCUCAAGUCAAAAUGUGGACGCUAAAACUGCGAGCACAAAUUGUGUUUUUUAUCAUCUGCACCUGCAUUGUAUGCCAAUGUGGACUAAUAAACGGAGAAAUCUGCCCAAGCAAGGACAUCCGGAACAAUGUGACCAACCUCCAGUCUCUGGAGAACUGCACCAUCAUCGAGGGCCACCUGAAGAUUCUGCUUAUGUUUAAGACCAAGACCGAGGACUUCCGGGGUCUCAGUUACCCGAAGCUACGAGUGGUGACUGACUACGUGUUGCUGUUCAGGGUGUAUGGCCUCGAGACCCUCAGCGAUCUCUUCCCCAACCUGACAGUGAUCCGUGGCAACAACCUCUUCUUCAACUACGCUCUUGUGAUUUAUGAGAUGUUGCAGCUGAAGGAGGUGGGCCUUCACAGUCUGAUGAAUAUCACUCGGGGAGCUGUGAGGAUCGAGAAGAAUCCGGACCUGUGCUACCUUUCCACUCUGGACUGGUCCAAGAUCCUGGACUCGGUGGAAGACAACUUCAUAGUGGCCAAUAAGAAUGACAGGGAGUGUGGAGAUGUGUGUCCUGGCACGGCCCAAGGUCAGACCAUCUGCCUACAGAACACCAUCAACGGACACUUCAGGGGACGAUGCUGGUCGCAGAACCACUGCCAAAGAAUGUGCUUGGACAACUGUAAGCAUGGUGCGUGUAGCCUCCAGGGCCAGUGCUGCCAUGACCAGUGCCUGGGCGGCUGUUCUGAGCCAGGCAACGCGAGUAGCUGUGUGGCCUGCAGGAACCUCCAGUAUGGGAACACCUGUGUGGAGAAAUGUCCUCCUGGAUACUAUGUCUUCAGGGGCUGGCGCUGCGUCAGCUUCUCUUUCUGCCAGGAUCUCCACAACCAGUGCAAGAUGAAUCAGGAUCGGGAGUCAGGCUGCCAUGAAUAUGUCAUCCAUAAUGGGGCCUGUAUUCCAGAGUGUCCUUCUGGAUACACCACUAUAAACUCCACUACGUUGACCUGUUCACCGUGUGAAGGCCUGUGUCCUAAACUGUGUAUGGGAAAUAAGACGAUUGACUCUGUAACUUCAGCCCAGGCCCUGAGAGGCUGUACUGUUCUCCAAGGCAAUUUGAUCAUCAAGAUUCGAGGAGGGAAUAACAUAGCUGCUGAGUUGGAAGCAAGUUUGGGCCAGUUAGAGGAGAUCACAGGCUACCUGACUGUUCGCAGAGCAUACGCCCUGGUUUCUCUCUCCUUCCUCCGCAAACUACACAUCAUCAGAGGGGAGCAUCUUGAGACAGAUAUUUAUGCCUUCUACGCGCUGGACAACCAGAACCUACGAGAACUGUGGGAUUGGUCCAAGCACAACCUGACCAUCCAGCGUGGCCGUACAUUCUUCCAUUAUAACUCCAAACUUUGCAUGUCUGAAAUCAGAAAGAUGGAGGAGGUAACGGGAGCCAAGGAGCGCAACCAAAAGAAUGACAUAGCUGUACGCAACAAUGGGGACCAAGCCUCGUGCGAGACCAAGCUGCUGAAAUUCACUCUGAUCAAGACCACAUCAAACAUGAUUAUGUUGAGGUGGGAGCCCUUUUGGCCCUUAGAUUUUAGAGACCUGCUGGGAUUUAUGGUUCUCUAUAAAGAAGCGCCGAAUAAGAAUGUGACAGAGUUUGAUGGCCAGGACGCGUGUGGCUCUAACAGCUGGGCAAUUGCUGAUGUUGAUCCUCCAUCCCGUUCCACGGAUGUCAAGAAGGCGGAGGAUCCGGGGCACCUAAUCCGACCAUUGAAGCCCUGGACCCAGUAUGCCAUCAUGGUUAAAACCCAACUGUCUGCAUCUGAUGAGCACCAGGUUCAUGGAGCCAAGAGUGAGAUCAUCUACGUCCGUACCAAUGCCUCCAAGCCCUCAGUGCCUCUAGACCCCAUGUCCUCCUCCAACUCCUCCUCCCAGAUCAUCCUGAAGUGGAAAACUCCAACCAGUCCCAAUGGCAACAUUACCCACUACCGUGUCAUCUGUCGCAAGCAGCCUGAGGACAGCGACCUCUACAAGUUUGACUACUGCCUGCAAGGAAUGAAGCUGCCGUCUCGUACCCCGACCCACCUGGACAGUGAGGAUGAGCAGAAGUGGAACCACACUGCUGAGCCCCCCUCAGGGGGCGGGUGCUGUGACUGCCCCAAGACAGACAGCCAGCUAAAGAAGGAGCAGGAGGAGAUAGAGUACCGCAAGACCUUCGAGAACUACCUCCACAAUGAAGUCUUUGAGAGCAGACCAUCGCGUAGACGACGCUCAGUGGGAGUUGCCAACACCACCCAAACCCCUCACUUCCUUACUACAGCCCCCAGUCUGCCAUUUGGCUCCACCAAAGCCACCCCUGGAGAUAAUGACGAGGAUGAGGAAGGAUCCAAGGUGGAGCUGAAGGUGUUCUCAAAGGAGUCAACAGUCAUCUCCAACCUGCACCAUUUUACCAGUUAUAAGAUAGAGAUUAUGGCCUGCAACCAUCCGACAGACCUGAAACGCUGCAGCAUGGCUACUUAUGUCAGUGCCCGAACCAUGCCAGAGGAAAAAGCAGACGACAUCCCAGGCCCUGUGACCCAUGAGAUAGUGACAGCUGAGCCUCCCUAUGUGUUGAUCAAAUGGAAUGCACCCCGCUCCCCUAAUGGCCUCAUCAUCCUGUACGAGGUGUUCUACAGGAAGGUUGGGGACACAGAGGUUCACACAGCUUGCGUGUCACGGCCGGCCUACCUCAAGUCAGGUGGCACAAAGCUUUCGCUUGUGCAGCCUGGAAACUACAGCGUGAGAGUCCGCGCCACCUCCCUGGCAGGAAAUGGCUCUUUUACAGAUACCAUUUACUUCUUCAUGCCCAACCCGGACCCAGGUUUAAUUUGGAUUGUAAUUGGCCCAGUCAUCUGCUUCAUCCUGCUGCUGUUUGUGGGAGGUGGAGUUUUUUGGGUCUUUAAGAAGAGGCAAACAGAAGGCCCAACAGGACCUCUUAUCGCCUCCUCAAACCCUGAGUACAUCAGCGCUAACGAUGUGUAUGUUCCUGAUGAGUGGGAGGUGCCCCGGGAGAAGAUCACGGUGCUCAGAGAGCUGGGUCAGGGAUCCUUUGGCAUGGUGUACGAGGGAAUAGCCAAGGACAUCGUCAAAGGAGACCCAGAGACACGCGUAGCGGUCAAGACGGUCAAUGAAUCGGCCAGCCUGCGGGAGAGGAUCGAGUUCCUCAACGAAGCCUCUGUCAUGAAGGCCUUCAGUUGUCACCACGUGGUACGUCUGCUAGGUGUGGUGUCCAGAGCUCAGCCCACCCUGGUAGUGAUGGAGCUGAUGACCCACGGCGACCUGAAGAGCUACUUGCGGAGUCUCAGGCCAGACUCUGAGAACAACCCAUCAGGCCGUCCACCACCCACACUCAAGGAGAUGAUCCAGAUGGCUGCAGAAAUUGCAGACGGCAUGGCCUACCUCAAUGCCAAGAAGUUUGUCCACAGAGACCUGGCAGCCCGGAACUGCAUGGUGGCAGAGGACUUCACUGUCAAGAUUGGAGACUUUGGCAUGACACGAGACAUCUAUGAGACCGACUACUACCGCAAAGGAGGGAAGGGCCUGCUUCCUGUCAGGUGGAUGGCUCCAGAGUCUCUGAAGGACGGAGUCUUCACUGCCCACUCUGACUGCUGGUCAUUUGGCGUUGUGCUGUGGGAGAUCAGUACGUUAGCAGAGCAGCCUUACCAGGGUUUAUCCAAUGAACAGGUUCUAAAGUUUGUCAUGGAUGGAGGAUACCUAGACCGGCCAGAGAACUGCCCUGAGAGAAUGCACAACCUAAUGCAGAUGUGCUGGCAGUACAACCCCAAAAUGCGGCCGACGUUCCACGAGAUCAUCGAGAUGCUGCGGGACGACCUGCACCCGUCUUUCCAGGAGGUCUCUUUCUUCUAUAGCGAGGAGAACAAAGUCCCCGAGACAGAGGAGUUUGACCUGGACCUGGACAACAUGGAAAGCAUCCCCCUGGACCCGUCUUCAUACUCGCAGAGAGAGGAGAGCUUAGGCAGGGACAGCGGGCCCUCGGUGGCCCUCAGGGGGAACUAUGAGGAACAUGUCCCCUACACACACAUGAACGGUGGCAAGAAAAACGGACGAAUCUUAUCGCUGCCCAGAUCCAGCCCCUCCUAACAUUUCCUGUUUCCUAAACGAACUUGUUUAACCUUCCCUACUCCUUUCCCAUCCUUCUUUCUCUUCCAGUCCAUUUUUCUGUAUCCUUCAUGUUCCUCUCAUCAUUUUCUAAUGAUUUUCUUAUUCUUGGAGAAGUACUUCUAAAAAGACACAGAUCUCAGGACUUUUUAUUUUCUUCCUCAUGGCUGCCAAACACAGGCAAGCAAGGGAUGCAAACAUGGUGUAACACUUUUUUUAACUUCCUCCACAACACAUUGGAUUGUCGAUUACCAGAUUACCUAUCUAUCGUUUUUCACUAUUGCCACGUUUCCAAGACUCAUCGUGAUGGAAACAGAGAGAGAAAAAAAAAACUGUGAACACAACAAACCUUAGACAACCAAGAAGGCUGCUUAUGCUCAACGUCCUCAAGACUUGUCCCUCCUGUUGUCCCCCACCAAAUCAGCAUUUCCACUUUUCUGUGCUUUGUUUUUUUUUCUGUUUUUUUCUCCAAGUGAAAUCUUUUCCUCAGAUAGUGGCCUUUUUAUUUGUGGCCUAUAAACAAAGAGAAGUGUCUAUCUGCGCUUACACUAAUUUCCUUUUGAACAAUGACUUAAUCAGUUUGGAACGGUGGGAUGGCUUGCAAAGACUUGAUCCUAGAACAAAUCAUCUAUUCCUAGAGAAAUGUUUUCUUUUUGUUGUUUUUGUUUUUCCUCUUGGUACUGCAGAAUUCCAAACUACACACAGAUUCAUCGGGUGUUUGGUGAAUAGUUUUAAUUUAUUUGCUUUUAUUGUUUUUUUUUCUCUUCUCUUUCUGUCUUUCUCUUCCUUUCUCUCCCAGUUUUAUUUCUGUGUCCUCACUAUAUGGCUGAAGGAUAUUUAAACAGUUAAGAAUUGGACAAAAGAGUUCCUCAGACUGACCAAUAGCUGCUGCUUUGAUAUAUUUUAGUGGGCAUAGAAAUAUGCAAAUAUAUAUAAUAUAUAUCUAGUAUAUAUAGAAUAUUGGUAUUUAUAUACCAGUAUUUUAUAUAUAAUAUGUGACAUACUGAUGUUUUUGUAAAUAGUUCAUACUUGUAAGGUUAUUCAUCAGGAGCUUUGCUAGUAUUUUGUUUUGCCAGGUUUUUUUUCCUUAUUUUUAUAGCCCCAGAAAUCACACUAAUCUACGAUCAGUGCUCUCUGUGUCUUAGGCCUCCAGCAAUCCCUCAAAAUAUUCUCCACAUCUGUAUGGGAAAGGCGAAAGCCCCGAAAUAUUGUCAACUCACUGCAUCUUUUUUUUUUUUUUUAAUAAACCUCGUUCCCACUGAGAGCUGUCAAUAUUCGGUGGCAACUUAACUACUACAACAACAAUGACGACGACAAAAAAAAAAAAGAAACAGAAUAAAACAACAAUGGAAUAACCAAAAAAAAAGCUUUAUCGAAAAGGGGAAUGAGGUCUUUCUAGGUUGAAGUGCACCUGAUGUGUCCGUGUCUGCUGUCUUUCUCUGGUCAGAUCACGCUGGAGUUGUAGUCUUGAGUUGAGUCUGUAUGUGUUCGAUCACAGGUUUAUUAUGUCUUUCAUGUGAUUGUUCUGGUUGUCAGUGUUAAUUGUCAGUGAGGUUAGAGAGCAUGUCGAGAGCUUGUCUCGCCUCAGUGAUUGUACUUCCUUAUGUUAGCGUAACACUAAUGGCUUUUCAGUUGUGUCUUUGCUGCUUGGGUCAGAGCAGGGUGGGAAUUAACACCAGCUCUCAUCUAAAUGCAGGAAAGGUGGAUGACUGGCCCCAAACGUCCUCAGACUUUUAAAAAGCAGUAUCCUUCCCUUCCUGUUUGACCUGAGAUCUGGCACAGUUCAGGACCUCAGUGUGAGAUGGAAGGCUUUAUCAAAUUCAAAUUCAAUCAAAUUCAGUCCCCCUCUCAUUGUUGUUCUUUUAGGUUUGCUCUGCACCACACACACAAACACACACCUCCUGCACACUCUCCCUCCUCAGUCUUCCUGAGGUUUCCCAUUGGCUGCAGAGCUCGCUGCUCAGAAUCAGGCUGGUGGAAAUUUCCACGUUUUGUGGUCGAGAGCUGGAGAGAAAUAUGGAAAGUUCCAAGUGUAUUCAGAGUCCACAGCAGGUAGCAGAAGGGGGGGGCAGUGUGUCUCUGUCUCUCUAUCUUUCAGUGUGUCUGAGAGAGGGAGUGUGAGUGAUUGUUAAUCCUAUUAUUCUCUCUGCUAUCACAUGCAGUUAGGCAGUCAGGACACGGUGUGCAGCAGCUAUUUCACUCAGGUCUGACAUUCCAGGAUUUAGUUGGAACGGCUCGUUCUCUCAUGCUCUCUGUUUUCCCUGCCUGCUGGCAAAGCUGGUACCAUCACCACACCCCAUCAGUGCACACAAGAAAGGCCUUUUUUUCCUUCUUAAUAAUUGAUUGCUAGAGAUAUUCCGUGGCAAACAGAAUUUGCUAAACAUUCAUUCAAUGAGAAAUUUGCUAAAAUUUUCUGUCCCUCCUGCUGGGAAUCAGAAACAUUCCCUUCAGCUGUACCCUUACACAAAGCAAAGUCAUUACUGACCCUUCAUUGUGUCUCUUCAAAUCACAACUUCACCACGGCUUUUUUUUUUUUUUGUUUAGAAUCCAAAGGCCACAGUAGAUCCUCUGUUAACACUCUUCUCUCACGCUCUAACAACAUCAGUUGAUGACGUGGGAGGCGAUAGUCAGCAGACAAGUUGAGAUGAACUUUUUUUCUGGACGCUCAGACCAGUGUGGUUGCCAAUUUGGCCGAACAGCAUUCAGCACUUAUAGUAUAGCCAAAGUGUUGGCAGCUCUCUGUCAACAACAAGAACCCACGGAGUCAGAGAAAGCAUAGCUGCCUCCAUAUUUUACCAGUGCCUUCUCAAACCCAGAGCCACGUCCAGGCUAGGUAUAUUGGCUAGUAUAACACACACACACACACAGGCCUCUAUGCUCUCUGUAUUUUUUCUCAUGAGGCAGGAGAGACAUAGAAAUCAAAGCUGUAUCUACAUUUGUGUUUGUAGGCUUACAAUUUUAUUCUUUGCUAGAAGAGAAGUAGAAGUCUUUGGAGCAGUUUUUUUUAUUAGUAUUAUUAUUUUUUGUUUCAGCUUGUUGCCAGCAUAAGGUUUAAACACUAAAGUUCACCCAGUGCUUUAGCGGUGACACUGUGGAUUGGCCAGAGUCUGUUAUGAUGUAGGUUAGGCCUGAGGUUAUGAUGUAAAUUUUAGUUAUUAUUCUGAGGAGUUACAAUCUUUGGCUUUUUUUACUUUGUAAAUAUCUGUGACCUAGUUUGGAAAAUAAAAGCAGAAUAAAAAGAUAUAAAAAAAUAAAAAAAAUCUGAUGCCCUUCGGUUGCGUGACAGAAAAAUGGAGGACCUUAGCUGUGUCACAGUUCCACGCUACGUACUAAUACUACUCUCUGAACUUAACAGUAAACAAGCAGUUUGCUUUACAUCUUUGAGUGUACUUAAUUUUCCAGCAUAAACACACUACAUACUGAAAACCCAGUUAGAAUUAGCAUGUAGUAUGGAAGUUGGACAUGGCUCUCGUCUCCACCUUGACCUAGGUUGCUUAUCUUGUGGUGGUGUUCACACGCAUAUGCAAUUUUUAAUUAAGAUGGUGCCCAUAUCUUUGAAAUACCAGAUAUUUAUUUUAUUAUGAUCAUUGUCAUUGUAUAAGAAAAACACAGCUUUUUAGUCGAGCAUUUUUCAGGUGUUUGAAAGUAACUUAAAAGCCUAGUUUGUUAUUGUACUGGAGGAGCAGCCGGUGGUGAGCUGCUGGAGUGCUAGUGAGUUAGUAAGUGAGUAAUUGUCGUCGUCUUUGUGUUGUUUGAGUCUACCUCAGUGCAUAUGGAGGAAUCAGUCUAAAGAGCCUAAAUCAUCCCUGUCAAUAUCCCAUCAUUUCAAAUAAUAUCACUUUUAUACAUUACUAACACUGCUGAUCAAUUCCUUUUCCACUGUGGUCUAUUAAAUCCCUCUGCCUCUUUGUUUUCACAGUUUUGUCUUCUUCUUGUGUCCCGGGGAAAGUUUUUUUAGACUCCUGCAGUAUAUGGAUAUUGUUGGGAGCGCUGCCCAUCAUAUUUUGGCCCUUUUUGUCUGUUUCUUUGCUUUUAGAUUUUUAUUUUAGGUCUCAUUUUAAGUCAUUGUUGUAGCUUUUUAGAACACACUUUCAAGUUAUUCAGGUAUUAUUCCUAAUAAUUUUACCCCUAGCACGUGUUAAAUGUGAUAAACAGUAAAUUGGAUUUAUGGACAGUCUAUCCUUUUGACUAUUACAGUUUAUAAAAGUCCCCCAGCUUCCCCUGGGCGCUAAAAGAAGCAAGGUAGCUUUAUUGUGUCUAUUUCCUUUUUAUCUGGCAGAGAACCCUACACCUCUUCGUCUUCUUCAGUCUGUCAACUUGCCUCUUUGUGGUCAAAACAGUUCACAUCCCACGUCUCCUCCAGCCGUUGUCAGUUCAUUUGUCUGUUUCUCUGUUCAGAUUUUGUUUUGUUUUGUAUGUAUAUUUUUUCUACUGUGAAUAUCAAGAGAUAACCUUUAUUUUCUGUCAAUGCCAUGGAUUGGGUCUGUUGUGGCUGAUCAGGACACUGACAUCUGGGCUGGUUAAAAAGUUUUGAGGAGGAGGACCCCCUCUUCCCCCUUUGCAAAGGACAAAAAAAAGCUGGACUGGGACAAUCCUGUGUGCCAUAAGAACUAUUAACAGACAUGAAAUCUAGAUUGUAACUUUUCGUCUCAGGGAGGCGGCCUGAUGCUUUGUGGUUGGAGGAUAAAGAGGAUGAGGAGGAAGAAGAGCUACCUACCUACCUUUUAUCUAUUCUGACUGAAGUGCAAGUUCUCUCAGCAUCCUUGCAAAAAAAAAAAAAAAGAGCAAAAUGGAGAUGUUAAGCCCAAGGACAAGUUUUCAACAAUAAAAACCCAAACACCCUUUUCAUAAAUACAAAUUUUUUUCUUCCCCUUUUGAGGAUAAUCAGGAAUCCUCCUCUCUCUCUCUCUCUCUGACUUGAUGUGGUUUGGACUGCCCUCUAGCGAUUGGAUGGGAGCGUUGCAGGUCAGGGGUGGCAAAGCAAACAGGGCCCCGACCCACAGUGCCUUGCUCAGACUAAUGGCCCACCUGACCCCCUCCCACCCAGUCCACCCAUACCCCCUCCCCUUCCCUUUGAGCAGAACCGCCACUGACUGGCUUGUCUCCACCAAUCACUAAAGAGGAUUUUCCACCUCCCAAACAUGAUACGAAAACACAUGAAUUAUGUUUUUAUGCGUUCUGUUUCUUGGGAAAAAAAAUAAUGCCAUUUGGAAUUAUAUGACUGAUGAUUUUUACCAAAAAAAAAGAAAAGAAAAAAAUGUUGAACUUAUGUCUCUACUCUGCUAAAGCUCUGGCUUGCUUUGUGCAUGGAAAAUGAAUUAUCUAUACCAGCGGAUCGCUUGAUAAUUUGAUGCUCACUGAUUUUGCUUUUCAUCAGUCUGUUUUGACAGCGACGCCCCAAAGCACAUGCAAAAACCCACUUUUAGGAACAAGUGAUUGCAUUACAAUUGGGGGGGUUUCCAUUUGAAAUGCAUUCGGUUGUUCCAUAAUUUUUAAAAGAUGAACUGAUUAAUAAGCUCUUAACUGUAAAUAGCGGCAGAUCACCUUGGCUCCUGAAAAACGAAAGCACUUGAUUUUAGGGAAGGUUAGGUUUGUUUUGUUGAUCUCUGAUGACCUAAAAUGUGGUUGGACAGAGCAUACUAGUGACACAGCGCAGGGUGAGAACAAAGCAUUGUAUGUAUUAUUGUUUUGUUUUAAAGAAAAGAAAAGAGUAUUACAUUUUAGAGACGUUGAUUUCUAUUUUUUUUAGCCAAAGUAGGGAGGGCAAAUACAAUUACUUUUUCUGACUGUAAACUUUUACUACUCUUGUACAUUAUGAAUUUAACAUUGUUAUCAAUGUGUAUAUAACUUUUUUCUAAAUUUAAAAAGAUAGAAUUUCUUUUGUUUGUUUUCUUUUUGUUUUUUUUUUGUUCAUGACACAACCCACUACACAGAAAAAAAGCAAGUCUGUCGAUGUAUUUUAACAGGAGCAGCACAACUCCAGUCUGAGGGCUUAACCCUUUGUAAAAAGACAUAAACAAUAUGUGGCCUGAAAUGUUUCGAAGUGAACCCUGCUCUUAAUCCGAUGCAUGUUCUGAAUGUUGGCCGACAAGAGGUCAUGCAUUUGAACCACCCCCACAUAGCCACAGCAACGUGUCACCCAUAAAGCCUUUCUUGUGUCACAAAAACAUCACCUAUCACAGAUGUUGUAUGGAAUUGUUUCUGACAAGAGACGUGUUUAGUUUGCAAAUGUGUUUGUGUGUAUGUGUGUUUUUUUUUUAUGUGAGAAACUGGAAAGACCACUGCACAUCCUUUUGAAGAAGGGGAAACAUGAGUGAUAAAAUCCUGAAUAAGCUAAAAAGAAAACUUUACAUCUUUAAGUUUAGACUGUAAAGCUGGAGGUGUUAAAGGAAUAAUUUGACAUUUUGGGACAUGUACGCUAAUUUGCUUUCUAAUUGAGAGGUAGAUGAGAAGUUCCAUAUCACUCUCAUACUGCUGUGCUAAGCUACUGCCAGCUGCUGGUUAGCUUAACUUAGCUUAGCAAAAAGACUAGAAAUGAGGAAACCAGUAAACCAGUGGUAACAAAAUCCACCUACCAGCAACUCUUAAUUUCACUAAUGAACACAUAUUAAAGCCUGUUUAGUUAAUCUGUAAAAAACAGUAGUGUAAAAACAUCUAUUUGCUAUUUUACGGGACAUUAUGUACCAAUUGUAUGUGCAAAUUAAACAUAACAUGUUAAUUAAGUAUUUUAGGUUCUUUUUUAGGUAAUUUUGUUACCUAUGUAUAGAGCCAGGCUAGCUGUUUCCCCCUGUUUCCACUCUUUAUGCUAAGCUAAGCUAACCAUCUGCUGGCUGUGUAUUAAAUUUAAUGGACAAACAUGAGACUGGUAUUGCUCUUUGCGUCCCUCCCAGACAGUUAAGAAGCUUCUUUCCCAAAAUGUCAAACUGUUUCCCCAAGGAAGCUGAGCGUGAAGGAGAAACACCUUCAGCUGCAAACGAAUUAAGUACUGUCUGUCAGUCGUGUGAUGAUGAACUGUUCAUGUUUGUGUUAUUGAUUAGGGAGAGAGACGCCACUGUUUGCAGACAGACGGUGGGGGCGUUGCAGGUAAUGGUGACCCUGUUUGUUAGAGGACAAAUCUAAGGAAAAGCAGCCUCUUCUUGACUUUGAAGUCAUCUGUCGGUCCAGUGGUCUGCUCCAGUUUACACACCAAUACCUUAUAUUUGUCUCUAUCCUGUUCCCUGUGCUGUAUGUCGUUUAGUGGAGUUGUGUCUGUGUUGUCCUCAGUUGAAGUCUUUACCACAGCUUUCUUUGUCUUGCUGCUCCUUGUCCUCCUCUUCCUCCUCUGUGUGUCCUUUCAAGUCUCUUUCUCUCCUCGGUGCACAUAGGUGGUCCCCAGAAUGCUGUGUGUAGUCUUGCAGGAUACCUUUUUAUUAAUGUCAUUUUGUUGCUGAUGAAUAUGCUGAUGUAUUAAUUUUGGGAUAUGUUGUUGUGUGUACAUUAUGUUGAGACAUCGGUGCGUAUGCAGACAGCAGGUGUAUAUGUGUGUAUGUACAGUCCAAACCCCCCUGAACCCGCAACCCACAGAGAUCGCUUCAUCCCUCACACUGGAUCCAAAUGUGCCAUUAUCUUUAUGUAUCACAUAUAUCAACAUAUUGAACACAACACAUACACAUAGACACAUACACACAAGACAGAAAUACAUGCAUAUUGUACAGGAUCAAAAAUGUGCCAUGACUAAAUGAACGCUUGACAAUUUAUUUUUUCUAUGUUUUCAAAGGAGAGUCAAGUAGUGACAUGUACAGAAAAUGUUGCAAUGAAAUGGAAAAUAAAAAUCUUGCUGUGUGUAAAUUAUUCAACAAUUAACUGUUUAUAUUAAAAUUAUGAAUAAAAUUAUUGGAGAA